AUGAUUGCACGCCGCUCGGCAGUACUCCGGACGGUGCUGCUGCUGGUGAUCUUGUCCUUCGUGGUGUUCUAUAUACUCGGAUACUACUAUCAGCCGGCGGGUGGCAAUCGGAACUACGCACGCAGCCAGCACCUGUUGGAGGGAGCCUCCCACGAAGCGCUGCUGCGCCGUCUCAAAACAAUUCUGAACUGCAACACCCCGUCGAAUGGAUUCCAGCUCGAGACGCAUGGCGAUCACUACCUUCUGCGUAACUUCUACGCCCCAGAGCGGAUUGUUCACUGCUACGAAACCAUAACCUACACCACGCACGCCGACUACACCUUCUUGGACAAUGUGGUGCCGCUGCUAGAACGUUGGUUGGCACCUAUCAGUAUCGCACUGUAUGCGCCUGGAGUCGAUCUUGACCGAUCGGUGGUUCUGAUCCAGUAUCUGUUGGAGUGUCACGAACAGAGAGCGCUGGUGCGUGACUUCGUGAGCUUUCAUCUUUAUUUUGAGUUUGAACAUCUUCCCACGCGGCCAGUAUCGUACUACAGGGAGUUGCUAUCCGUCCCUCUCGUGGAUUGCACUAAUGCGACAAACGCCUGGAAUUCGUUACUCCGCAACGAUAAAACCUCAAUACCUACCUUCCGGGCAGCCAACAACCUAACCUACCCUGUGAACGUGGGUCGUAACAUUGCGCGCAGUGCGGCCGGUACUCACUUUGUACUUGCGAGCGACAUCGAACUCUACCCAAAUCCCAACUUUAUCUCAAUGUUCUUGCGCAUGAUCGCGCACCCCUUCUAUCAGUACACACUGCACAGCCCCUCCGUGUACGUGCUGCCAGUGUUUGAGGUCGCAGAAGACGUCCCUGUACCGGUGGAUAAAGCCCAUUUGCUCGAGGAUCUCCAGAGCGGUGAUGCGAUAAAGUUUCACGAGAAGAUAUGCUCCAACUGCCACACGGUGCCGGGGUUCGUGGAGUGGCUAGCGGUAGUAAAGGAAGACUACACAAUGGACAUACACGUGACUGCAUGGCGAGAAGGAGCGUACGCAACCUGGGAACCGAUCUACGUCGGCACAAAGCACGAGCCAGAGUACGACGAGCGGUUAAGCUGGGAAGGCAAGGCGGAUAAGAUGGCACAGGGCUUCAUUAUGUGCAUACUGGGCUACGACUUUCACGUUCUGGAUAAUGGAUUUCUGGUCCAUCGGCCCGGCAUUAAAACGAUCGCGCAAGCGAACCGACCGCACCAGCAAGCGAAACAACGGACCUUUAUACAAGAAACGAUUGCACGGGAGAUAUCUACACUAUAUGGUGAUCGCGAAGGAUGCAUGCUAUAACCCGGAGGACUCCUUCAUUCCCCAUUUUUCUCGGUACUUUCCAUAUUCUAGUCACCUUCAGAUGGAAAACCUUC